AUGUGGAAAUCUACAAACGAGAUCGUCACUUCGUUCUGGAAACGAUGGAAAGCUGAGAAUCUGGUCAGUUUGAGGGAGCAGUACAAACGCAGUCACCACCACGCACGUCUCGAAAUCGAUGCACAACCAAGCCUUGAAGACUACGUUGAUUCUGUGAAACGUGGACAGUGGAAACUUGGACAAAUAAUUGGCUCCAACGAUAAAUUUCAACGUGCUGUCAACGUUCGCGUGGCUAACAAAAACAUCAUUACAAGGUCAAUCAAUUUAAUCAGUCCACUCGAAGUGUUAUAUUCCAGCAGAAAAGAACAACAACCAAAUCGACACUGUAAAACCUCUGUAGCCGCAGAACCACAUCAUACGAUGACCACACGAUCAAAAACGAAUGCCAUCCCCAACGUUAUUGUGUCAUGUGUGACCCUUCUAGCAACUUUGAUAGGAUUUGCUUCAUCUGAAAUGGCCGUCGUCAACAGCUGA